AUGGAGGACGCAGCACACCCAAAUUUAGCCAAGCAGAUUAGAACAUGCUUCGCGCUUAGCGCAAACCCAUCGCCACCUUGCCAAGUUAAGGAGAAUGUCAAGCCGGCCGACCUCAUCAGGCAAGCCAAUCUCGAACAGGACAUUCAGCCGGCCUGGUCUCAGAAGCGCGUCUUCAACCAUAUCCCUACGAUUCAUCGUUCCGAUGACGAGAAUGUUUCCCAGCUGAUUGACGCUAUCGAGAAUUGGUUGACAUCGAAUCGCGACGUGCCCGCAAUAAUCGAACCCCAGAUGAGCCGCCGCGUCUUCUGGUGGGUCCGCUUACACACACUCUCGACCGCGCCUGUCGGCACCGUGUGUUCGAUCUCCCCUUCUCCAUCCGGGACUACCAGAUCACUGUCAGAAUGUACACGCCAACAUCAACGACCGUGA